GCACGCCUCCCCCACGCUGUUCAUGGCGGCGGCAGAGCCCCUCCGCCACCGCUCCGACGCACUUCCGGCGCGCGUCUAUGACGUCACGAACCGCUUCCGGUGGCGGGCGAUGCGGGCGCUGGGGUUGUGCCGGUGGCUGCGGGGCGGGACGGUGCGAGCCUUCGGACUCGGGGCGGCCACGGCGAGCUCCGCGCUGCCUCCGCAGGACGGCGUCACGGUGGAGGUUCUCGACCACCUGGAGCGCCUGGCCCUGGUGGACUUCCGCGAUGCCGAGGGCGUGGAGCGGCUGCGGGAGGCCGUGCGGUUCGCCGAGCGGCUGCGGGAGGUGAACACGGAGGGCGUCGAGCCGAUGGACUCGGUGCUGGAGGACAGGUGUCUGUAUCUCCGGGAAGACGACGUUACGGAGGGCAGCUGCACUGCAGAGCUGCUGAAGAACGCCAGAGAAAAAGUAGAGGAAUAUUUCGUAGCCCCACCAGGUAACAUCCCUUUACCAGAGCUGGAAGAAAGAGAUACUUUCCUGAAGCGUUCGUAGUGAGAGAAUUCAAAUGCCACGUCCAUAUUUUAUUUGGGAAAACUGCAUUUUGUGUGGUCACAACUGAAAUACCCCAGCACGAAUUUGGAUCAACAGAACACUUGCUCUGCUAAACUUUCUGUCCCGUCCUUCUGUAAAUUCUCUUGGUGCUGAAAUACUUGAUGUUUCUGAAACUGGAAGGCGGCAUGACAGGUGCUUCUAUUUAUCAAAGCAUAUGUUAUGUAUUUUAUAUUCCUGAAUGGCUUGAGGGCUUUAAAGAGAACAUUAAAAACUGAAGAUUAAAACA